CCCUCGUCUUCUGGACUUCGUCAAGCAUCUCGACCCCAAAGCAGUCCAGGCUGCAUCAUCUCGAGCCUUCGCUGCUCUGGCGCCAUACCACAACCUUACCACGUCUGGAGGUUCGGAAUCAGGUUCGGGAGCACGUUCCGAUGCAGAUGUUGAAGUGAGUCUGAAGGCAGCAGUAACGGAGCUGUCAACACUUAAGGGCGUUGGGGCAGCAACAGCAUCUGCAGUGCUGGCGGCGUUCGCCCCUGAAAUCGCUCCAUUUAUGUCGGACGAGGCCAUGGUUGCGGCGUUGGGGGACUGCAAAGACUACUCGCUUCGCCGCUACCUCGUUUUUGCCAAGGCCAUGCGCGAAAAGUCAUCGGGAUUGAAUCGGCUCGAAGACAAAACCGCACAGGUAGGAGCUACAGAUUCCGCUACAGUCGGAGCAGAAGGGCAAGCAGAGCAGGACUGUGCCCGUUCCACGUCACAUGAAGAGGAGGCUUCACUCGUUAAGUUCACAGCUGCUGAUGUAGAGAAGGCACUGUGGUCAACUGCCGUCUCAGGACUGCAGGCACAGGCCACCGUGGCAGGGAGCGGAAAAAGAAAAGAAACGGUGCCUGAUGCUACUUCGAGAGCAAAAAGAAAACGCUGA